UAUACUCUCAUAAUUCAUAUUUCUCUUGCAAACAUGGUGAAAUUGACAACAGAUAUUGUCGAAAGAAAGUGUUCUGAAAUAUUAUGUGGUAAAUCACUUAGUAAAACAAUAAAAAAAGAUAAAUUAUGGAAAAUGACUCAUUUAUAUAUGAACGAUAUGUUUAUCAGCAGUAUUGGCAACAUUGGCGCUUAUACAAGUUUAAGAAUUCUGUAUCUUCAAAAUAAUAAUAUAUCAAAGAUAAAGAAUCUACAUUUUGCAUCUAACUUGACACAUCUGUACUUGCAACAUAAUGUCAUAAUGAAAAUGGAAAAUUUGGAAUCUCUGCAGAAUCUCCAAAAGCUCUAUUUAGGACACAAUAACAUUAUUGUAGUUGAAGGACUGCAAAAUACAACAAAAUUACAAGAAUUGCACAUUGAGAGUCAAAGGAUACCACUCGGCGAAUCGUUGUGCUUCGAGCCACGCAGCGCAUUUACUUUAUCUAUGUGUCUAAAAGUGCUUAAUAUUUCUGAUAACAAAAUAAUAUCCUUAAGAAAUCUAAUGGGAUUUCAAGAAUUAUAUACCUUAAAUGCAAAAAAUAACCUCAUCGAUAAUGUAGACGAUUUAACUGUAACAAUAAGUACACUGACCUCUUUACAAAAUUUGUCUUUACAAGGUAAUCCCGUUAUAUCGUCUUACAGAUAUAAAGAGAAUCUGAUUGCUAACAGCGUUUCGCUAGCCAAUCUUGAUGGAAAAAUUAUAACUGACAUAUGUCGAAGUUUUAUGAAAAAAUUUAAGAUAGAAAAGCAUAAUCGAUGUAAAAAAAACGCAACUCAAAUCGCACUAGGAGAUGAUAUAACAAGUUCUCUGAACUUGCCACCGGCCUUCAAAAGAUCUAUUUCGAGAGCAAUUUUUCAGCCUUCUGGACCACACUUAUCUAUAACAAUUACCCCUGGAUCUCUUUCGGUAGGAAGUAAUCUGCAGCAGGUGUUUCCAUCUUGGAAAUCAGCAUCUGGUAUCAAAAGUAUCAAGGAUAAUCAUGUAACACCAAGGCCAUUUUGGAGUAAUGUAUCUAAAAACAAAGAGACCCGUUUAAAAUGCUCUGAUGUGAAUACUAAAGUAAUCGCAUUACCACUUAUUUAGUUCUUUUUAUUAACCUUUUGAAAACUAUUAUUCAUGUAAUUUAAUUAUUACUUUAGACUUAUCACAGGACAUGAAUAAAUUAUAAUUGUGAAAGCCUAAAAAUUGUAUUUAUGUAGUUAUGAUGUAAAAUAAAAUGAUACAUUGUAUGCAAUAAAGACAAAAAGACUUGAAUCAUAGUAUUAUUUUUAUAGAACUUUCUAGUAAUAAGGCUACAUUUCCAUUACUUUCAUAUAUAUGAAUUUACUGUAAUAUACAUAUAAAAUAAUGAUGAGUCACAAGUAAAUAUCAAAUAAAUUCGUGUAAAUUUGCGAUGUCACACAAUACAAAGUUUUAAAUUCAAUAAAAAUAUAAUUAAUUUUUAUAAGCUGGGUAACUAUUAUAUAUUAAAUAUGUAGUAUAAUAUUUCCAAUAAACUAAAUAACAAAAAUGCUAAAAUAUAAACUUACGAACUAGAUUUGUACGCUGCUUGAAGAUCUGUACAUCAUUUAUAAAACUUAUUUCAUAUGAUCAUAUAAAUUCAUUGAAUGAAUCGAUUUAUAAAAUUAAUAAAUCAAUAUUUAUUCUUGACAUCGGAGAAAUCUGAAUUACCAUUCUAUUUUGCUGACUUGAAAUUAUAUUGCUAUUACAUAAGUAUACACUAUAUUCUCCAAGCAGGCUUAACAUAAAAGUAUAUUCUUAAAAAAAACAGGAAUAAAUAACAAAAAUAAUAUAAAUAUUUAUAAAACAUACAUAUAUAUGUUAGUCACUAUAAGCAUGGAAUGUUAGAGAUAUAAUAUAAAACAUCUUUUAGCUUUUAUAUGAUAAAGAAAAAAAUAUAAACCAAAAAAUUAUAUGCAGCUUAUUAAAAUAUUAUUCACAGAAUUUUGAAGACACCUGUUGCACGAUGUGUAAAUAUAAAGAAGAACAGAUAAUCAUUCACCAGUCAUCAUUGAGAAUUAAAUAUAAAA